GGAAAAACAUGGAAUAGUUUUGUUUUUAUCCCAAUCCUUCAUCUUGUGAUGGAAUCUCUUUCGGUCAUGAGCUUUCAGUGUUCUCUUUCUGAAAAAUUUCAAUAAUUUCGAUGCUUUUUUGAGGUUUUCUUGAUUCCUCGGCGCAAUUGGCUUGGUUGGUAGACGAUUCCUGAACGAAAGAUACGAUUUUGGAUUUGUAUGAAGGGAAUUCGAUUGGGAAAAGCUUUGAUUUCGUCUGAUUUUGAUGUGAUUAGGGUUUAAUUAGUGUGUGAUUAUGUGGUUUUGUUUUGCAGAUAAUGGAGAGGAGGAUAUGGUUCAUGGUGAUGGGUUUGAUGUUCUUGUUUGUGGUUUCUGAAAGCAGAGGUAGGAGAAUGCAGUGAUGCUUGAACAUAAUAAUAAUAUUAAAAAAAUCGAUACCUUGAUGCCUGCUUCAACAAAGCUUAAGAAUAAUAUGCAAGAAGAUCACAAUCAUACUUACAAUCAUACUCUUGCACAGAUACUUGUGGAGUAUGCUUCUGCUGUGUAUGUUGCUGACCUAACUGAACUAUUUACAUGGACUUGUUCAAGGUGCAAUGACAUGACCAAGGGGUUUGAAAUGGUAGAGCUGAUUGUUGAUGUUCAGAACUGCUUGCAGGCUUUUGUUGGUGUCGCUCAUGAUCUUAAUGCCAUUGUCAUUUCCUUCAGAGGCACUCAAGGAAACAGUGUACAGAAUUGGAUUGAAGACCUAUUCUGGAAACAGCUUGAUCUGAACUAUCCCCAAAUGCCUGAUGCGAUGGUGCACCAUGGCUUCUAUUCUGCUUACCAUAACACUAGUCUUGGUCCUGGGAUUCUGAAUGCGGUUCAGAGAACUAGAGAUGUAUUUGGAGACAUCCAAGUCAUGGUUACUGGGCACUCAAUGGGAGGUGCCAUGGCUUCCUUUUGCGCACUUGAUCUCACUCUAAAUCAUGGAAUUCACAAUGUUCAACUGAUAACAUUUGGACAACCACGUAUCGGGAAUGCAAUUUUUUCUUCAUACUUCAACAAACAUGUACCACAUGCAAUCCGGGUGACCAAUGGGCAUGAUAUCGUGCCCCAUUUACCACCAUAUUACUAUUAUUUCCCUUCAAAGACGUAUCAUCACUUUGCAAGAGAGGUAUGGCUAAAUAAUAUUGGCUUUGGAAGACAAAUCUACACUAUUGAGAAGAUUUGUGAUGAUUCCGGUGAAGACCCAACCUGCAGCAGGUCUGUUUCUGGGAAUAGCGUGUCAGAUCAUCUCACAUAUUAUGGAAUCAUGCUAAAAGCCGAUACUUGGGGUUCAUGUAAGAUCAUAAUGAGUAAAACCAUGGACGAGUACCAGACUGAUCCUGCAGGAAACAUUAUUUUGUCCCGGAUACCAAUUUUUGAUCAAAUUCUGAAGAAAAGAGUGCAAGACGACGGUGGAAUCAACUCUCGCUGACAUACAUUUCGAUUAUAAUUGUACAGGAAAGUCAAGAUGUGUAUAAGAACUCACACCUUUUAAAAAUGAAUGUUUUCUUAGCAGAGUGAAAAUGCUUAUUUAGAAGUAAAACCAUCUUGCAAUCUUUCAACAUUCAUUUAUCUCAAGGUGCAAGUAAAUUGGCGCAGUGUAAUUCAA